AUGACGACGUGCCCGGUCCCUGCAAUGGUGGCCACCCCGACAUUGUCAAUUGCUGAACAACUUCACGACCUAUUACUCGAAAAGCAGCAAACCGAAAAGUGGCAAUGGCUAUGCACUGAAUUGCUACGUGAAGAACAACACCCUUCAGAACAAGUCUCUACUUUACGCAACCGAAUUCACACUUGGCGUGUUGCCGAUCGGCCGUUCUAUCUCACUGUCGCCAACACGCUCACGUAUUGCUUUGACAACCAAGGACGGCUACCCGACUAUUUAUUAAGUAACCCAGUGUCAUUGCUUAAUAUCACCAACAUGGAUCGCAUCCAAGAGAUCCAAGGUCAAUUACAUCAAAUACAACCCGAGAAAGACUCAUUGUCCAAGUUUUUAUUCGAAUUUCUAUCACCUGCGGAUUGGAGAAUACUAUUACAUUUGCGGACAACGGCGGGUGGCUCUGAUCUUGAGAAAAUGCCGCCGAGUCUGCAAGAGUGCAUCACAUCAUUUAUACGUGUCUAUGAGAAGAAAAACGCCAAACCACGACGUCAUGGUCAACCCUAUAUGCUCAGUGUGGGUGCAAAGGCAUUAAGCAAGCAUUGGCAUCGUGAUCGACAAGCUCAAUUUUGGGGCGUUUGCACAGGAACCGAAAGCGAAAAGAACAAGCAUGCUGAAGAUGUCAUGAUUAAGAUCCUCAAUGAUGCUGUAUGGAUGAAUAUUCAUGGAUUACCUCACGAUGAAAUGGUCUAUGAAGUCCGGCAACAUCAAGGCUAUGGCCUGCGUUGGAAAUUACAAGAUGGAGAAGAAUGGAAGUUUAGAGGAUUUUUGGAACCACAAAUGCAAGAUGGACAUAGUAUAGGGUGGAUUCAUUAG